GCUAUAGUACUAAGCUUUUGCCUGUGUCUCCAUACCUUUUCCUCAUAUACAGAAUGUAGAAAUCUUUUGAAGCCAUUCCUCAAAGAGAGGAUGUGGAUGAAGGCACCUUUAGUUGAUCAAUUUGUUGAUGUAAUUAAACAAACAGUCUUUGCCAACAAGCAUUGGAUUCCUCCUCCAAGAGAGGGAUCGCUUUAUAUUAGGCUAACAUUGAUGAGAAGUGGCCUAACUCUUGCAGUAGCAGCUUCACCAGAUUAUACAUUCCUUAUUUUUGGUUCUCCUGUUGGCGACUAUCACAAGGUUGAGGCAACCAUAAACUUGAUUGUUGAAGUUAAGUUCCACAAAGCUACUCCUGGAGGAACUGGAAGUGUUAAAGUUAUUGGAGGAGAUUCCUUGGAAAGAAAAGAUGACAAAUCACUGUUGGAGCAUGAUGGAACAACAAGAUUUUCAGUAGAAGAACCACUAGACUACACCGGCACUAGAACAAAAGAUGUUGUAGUUGAAGAACCAUUGGAUUGCACCUGUAUAGGAACAGAAGACGUGAAAGCCGUAGGAAUAGAUGCGGAAUUGGUACACGACAGGGAAGGCUGCAAAAUGCAUGGAGCAAAUGGUGUGGGAGACCACGAGGAAGACUGUUAGACUGGUGAAGAAGAGUCACUAAUGGUUUGGCUAGUAGGUGGCAUGGAUGGACUAGACAAGGUAUUUUGGGUAAAGGUGGGGAAAGUAGUGUCUAUGAGGUCAAAUGGGAAUGAAAGGCAGAGGUAUGUGUGUGGGAAACUGGUGGAGAAGCAAUAAGAAGUGUGUAAGGAAAAUAUGUCUAAUCAAAGGUGACAUGACGA